UGCUGCGUGCUCGGCCCCGCGAGGCGCGUCUCCCUCGCGAGCUCGGUGAAAGGAUUUGGCGCCAGGCGGGUCCGCUCUGCAGCUGCCGCAGCCGCACGAACCAGCCGCGCCACCCACCCACCGCCUCCCGCCGGGGCCUCGACCCAGAGCCGCCGCCGCCCGCCCCAGCUCCGAGUCGCCCGCGCGCCGCCCAGGGAUCGAGCCGCCGCCGCCAUGAGCUGCUCGCCCGUGAACGUGAAGAAGCUAAAGGUGUCGGAGUUGAAGGAGGAGCUGAAAAAGCGGCGCCUCUCCGAUAAGGGCCUCAAGGCCGAGCUCAUGGAGCGGCUCCAGGCCGCGCUAGACAUGGAGGAGGCCGGCGGGGGAGGCCUCGCCAGCAGCGCAGUUGAGCCUGGCAACGGUAGCAUGGAGGGGGAGGCGGCCGAGAGCGGCGGGGGCGCCUCGCAGCUCCACCAAGGAGGAGGCCCCGACCAGGCCGCGGCCUCCACCGCGGAGGACGACGACGAGGAAGGGCUGGAGGCCGCCGAUGGCGACGCCAUGGAGCUGGGCGAGGAGAACGGCGAGCGGGCGGGGGCCGGAGGCGGCCCCAUGGAAGAGGAGGCGGGCGGCGAGGAGGAGGAAGAGGAGGAGGAGGAGGAGGAUGAGAACGGAGACGACCAGGGCUUCCAAGAGGGGGAGGACGAGCUUGCCGACGAGGAGGAGGCCGCGGCCGGGGACGCCAACGGGCACGGGGACCAGCAGGCGCCGCAGCCCCAGCCCCAGCAGCCCCCGCCGCUUAUCCAGCCGCGCGGCGCCGCUAAAGAAGCCCCCGGCAAGAGCCCUGGCGGCGCCUCGGGGACCCCAGCGGCGGCCCCCUCCGGCCCGGCGGGCCCCGCCAAGCAGCAGCAGCAGCAGCAGAAGAAAGCGGAAGGUGGCGGCGGCGGCGGCCGCCCGGGGGCUCAGGCCAGCGGGGGAGAAGCUAAAACUGAACAAAAACCUGGUGAGAAAAAGAGGGGAGUGAAGAGACCACGUGAGGAUCAUGGCCGUGGAUAUUUUGAAUACAUUGAAGAAAACAAGUACAGCAGAGCCAAGUCCCCUCAACCACCUGUUGAAGAAGAAGAUGAACAUUUUGAUGACACAGUGGUUUGUCUUGAUACUUAUAACUGUGACCUGCAUUUUAAAAUCUCAAGAGACCGGUUUAGUGCUUCCUCUUUGACCAUGGAAAGCUUUGCCUUUCUUUGGGCUGGAGGAAGAGCCUCCUAUGGAGUUUCUAAAGGCAAAGUCUGCUUUGAGAUGAAGGUUACAGAAAAGAUUCCUGUUAAACAUCUGUAUACGAAAGACAUUGACAUACAUGAAGUGCGAGUUGGCUGGUCACUGAACACAAGUGGAAUGUUGCUUGGUGAAGAAGAAUUUUCCUAUGGGUAUUCUCUAAAAGGAAUAAAGACAUGCAAUUGUGAGACUGAAGACUUUGGUGAGAAGUUUGAUGAAAAUGAUGUGAUUGGAUGUUUUGCUAAUUUUGAUGGUGAUGAAGUGGAACUCUCAUAUUCCAAGAAUGGACAAGAGCUUGGUGUUGCAUUCAAAAUAAGUAAGGAAGUUCUUGAUGGGCGGCCACUCUUCCCACAUGUUCUCUGCCAUAACUGUGCAGUUGAGUUCAACUUUGGUCAGAAGGAGGAACCUUAUUUUCCUGUACCUGAAGAGUAUACCUUCAUCCAGAAGGUUCCCCUGGAGGAUAGGGUCCGAGGACCAAAAGGACCUGAGCAAAAGAAAGAUUGUGAGGUGGUGAUGAUGAUUGGCUUGCCUGGAGCUGGUAAGACUACAUGGGUUACCAAACAUGCAGCAGCAAAUCCUGGGAAAUACAACAUUCUUGGGACAAAUACUAUUAUGGACAAAAUGAUGGUUGCAGGUUUUAAGCGGCAGAUGGCAGACACUGGGAAACUUAACACACUGCUGCAGAGAGCUCCACAGUGUCUUGGAAAGUUCAUUGAGAUUGCAGCUCGUAAGAAGCGGAAUUUCAUUUUGGAUCAGACAAAUGUGUCUGCAGCUGCGCAGAGGAGAAAAAUGUGCCUGUUUGCAGGCUUCCAGCGCAAAGCAGUUGUUGUUUGCCCAAAAGAUGAAGACUACAAGCAAAGAACACAAAAGAAGGCAGAGGUGGAGGGAAAAGAUCUUCCAGAGCAUGCAGUUCUCAAAAUGAAAGGGAACUUCACACUGCCAGAGGUAGCAGAAUGCUUUGAUGAAAUAAUCUAUGUAGAGUUGCAAAAAGAAGAAGCUCAGAAGCUUUUGGAACAAUAUAAAGAAGAAAGUAAGAAAUCUCUUCCGCCAGAAAAGAAACAGAACACUGGCUCAAAGAAGAACAAGAAGAGCAAUAAAAAUCAAUUUAAUAGGGGUCAGAGAGGUCGUGGAGGAUUUAACAUGCGAGGCAACUUCAGAGGAGGAGUCCCUGGCAAUCGUGGUGGAUACAACAGGAGGGGAGGCAACAUGCCCCAGCGAGGUGGUGGAGGUGGCGGUGGUGGUGGUGGCAGCAGCGGUGCCAUUGGCUACCCAUAUCCUCGUGGCCCUGUCUUUCCAAGCAGAGGUGGCUACUCAAACAGAGGAAACUAUAACAGAGGUGGAAUGCCCAACAGGGGGAACUACAACCAGAACUUCAGAGGAAGGGGAAAUAAUCGUGGCUACAAAAACCAAUCUCAGGGCUACAACCAGUGGCAGCAGGGUCAAUUCUGGGGUCAGAAGCCAUGGAGUCAGCAUUAUCACCAAGGAUAUUAUUGAAUACCCAAAUAAAUGAACUGAUACAUAUUUCUCCAAAACCUUCACAAGAAGUCGACUGUUUUCUUUAGUAGGCUAACUUUUUAAACAUUCCACAAGAGGAAGUGCCUGCGGGUUCCUUUUUUAGAAGCUUUGUGGGUUGAUUUUUUUCUUUUCUUUUUUUGUACAUUUUUAAUUGCAGUUUUAAAGUGAUUCGUAAGAGAACCUCAGCAUUGUGCACGAUAAGAGAAUGUGUCAGUAUUUCAGGGUUCUACAUUUUAUCUGUAAAAUGUGACUUUUUUUUUACCACAACAAAAGUAAAACGUUGCUUUGUACCUGGUGUCUUUUUAUUAAAGAAUUUUCUCCUUUUUCCCCAUUCCCCGAUUUCUAAGAAACAGUCGUGAGUCAUGUCACAAUACAAUAGUAAUGUUAGCAACCAGAUUCGUAUGGAGGCUCAGUAGUAGCCCUCAUGAAUACCAUGAGAUCAUGUAAAGCUCCAUAUUACACUCCAUCCUCUCUGUGAAGCUGCUGGGUGGGGAGGGGAGAUAUGGGGUAGGUGCAAGUUUCUGGCAAUAACUAGGACUUUUUUGUAACAUUUGGAAGUCAGUAAGAUGUUGGGGACAAAAAGGAAACCUGGGGCUGAAUAGUGAAGGUGGAGUGUAUGUAGAAGCUCUUUAAGUUGUAAAACUUGGUUGCAUUAUUUGUGGAGGCUCAAACUUGUGAAGGUACAACACCAUAAUUUCUUUUCCAUUUGUUCUGCAUUUUGAUUCUGAAAAGAAGCUGGCUUUGCCCAUUUCUUAUUAAACAAAACUUGUUGUAAAUCCAGUUGUCUAAUGGGAUCUAUAUGAAGUUAGCUGUGUGUCUGUAUAACUCUCUUUUCCCCACAAAAUACUGUAUACCUAGUGUGCUUGUAGUAGUUACUCCACCAUUUUGUAAGCUAAUGAAACUGUGAGUCACCCAUUUUAUAUCUAAUUUUUAAUCAUGUCAAUUCUCAAAUGGGUGUAUCUCCUUAGCCUGCUGAUUCCUAUUCUCUUUAAAGAAAGUGGGUGGAGAAAUUUAACUCUAGACGUUUGUUUGCAAUAAAAUAAAUUCAUUUUA